GGCUUUAAAAACUGGAGGAAGUUCAAUCCAUAUCCCUUAAGGAAGUUUGUGAUGCUUGUUGCUUUCUAGCAAAUAUUAUCGAAAAAGUUAUAGAUAAAAAUUCUCUGGCUUUAACAAUUUCAUCAACUGGUCAUUGUAUGUUUACAAAAUCUAGUUGGAAAGUUUUAUCUGAAUCUUGCUUUUCUGAUCCUUUAUUAAAAGUUAUUGUUAAUGCUGUAAAUAAGUAUCAUGAAAAAACUGGCGAAGAUAGUAAGAUUUUUAUAUUGCUCUUGAAAGAAAUUAUGUGUAAUUUUGAAAGCAUUGUAAAUGUUAAUGAUGAUAACUAUUUGAGGAAAAUAAUAUCACUAGAAAUUAGUGAUCUGAUGUCUUAUUUACCAUGCAUUUUUUCAAAUAUGUAUAUAUCAUCUGCUGUUAGUUCUGCUCCUCAUUUAGAUUUUAAAAAAUUUACCUGUGAUUUGAAAGGAAUUGUGCUUACGUUUUUGCAGUCUAAAUUUUCUCCUUCUGUUGCUAAAGCACUAUGCAGUUUAAUUUCUGAAUUUAUCUUGAAAUGUGUUGGUGACUGGCAUUUGUCAAAAAAAGUUUUAGAAUAUUUAAUAAUAAAUUUUGAUGCAUUAUGUUUUAAAGCAUCAUUACCACUAUCAGCAUCACACAUUUUAAAUGGGUUCAUAUUGAAUCAGAAAUUAAGAUUUCUUGAUAUGGGCAAUGCUAAUUUUAUUAUUGUAUAUGACUUAAUACAACAAGUAUCUCCAAAUGAAGCAACUUGGGAAGCUGAAUGUGAAUCGCUUCCUUUAAAAUUAAGUACUUUAUAUUUGAAUUAUGAGGAAAUGCUAAAUUUUGUAAAAAUACAAAACAUUGCUGUAAUUUUUACGCCAUGUACUGUUAAUGCAUAUUUAAAAUCAUUGUUUUUGAAAAACAAUAUAGUUGUGCUUGACAGCAUAGUGAAAGAAGAUAUUGAGAUAAUUUUGUUUUACACCGGUAUCUCUCCUUUGAAGUUCUUAAAUGAGACUCUGGAACCAAGGAACAUCGGCCAUCUUAAGAGUCUUAGAACUGUACAUAGCGUAAAACAACCAUGCAUGCUCUUGGAGUUUUCAUCAUCAUUAAAAUGGUUUAAUCUUAAUCAUAUUAUGCUUUGUGCACCAUUUGAUGCUGUAUGGAAAGAGUAUUAUUCUGAAUGUUAUAAUUGCUUAAAAAUUGUCCAUUUGUGGUUAUUUCCUGAGAAGGUUAAUUAUUGUUGUAGGAAAAAAAGAUCUGUAUUUGUAAAUAAUGAAUUUCACUUAGAAAAUAAAAUUUGUUCAAAUUUAUUAAAAGUUGAUCAUAAUAUUGUAGAAUAUCUUUGCACUGCAUGUUCUGUAUUAAAUGAAAAUUCUUGUAAGAAUGAUGGAAGAUUAAAUUCUGAGUAUUUACAUGACAAUGAAUCAACUUCUCAAUACUGUCCGAUUGGUAUGUCAUAUCCAUUUGGAUUUUGGGAAAUUUCACUUAAAAUGACUCUUGCAAAAUUAUUAAGAAGUGAAAAAUUGCCCUUUAAAAAUUUCCUUGAAAUUAUGAAUUAUGCAUUAUUAAACGUUAUUAGUAUAACAUUAAAUAUUUCAUGUACUUGCAAUGAUGAUAUCAGUGAAAGCUAUUGUACAUUCUAUGAGAGAUUUAAGUCUAAGGUUUUAAAUCCUUUGGAACCAGUUGUUAUUAAAGAAGAGCUCAUAUUUCAUGUUUUGGGAUUAGUGCAACAAUUAUUAAAAAUUGAUGGUCUCAUUUGUCAAAAAUGAGUUUGAUUCAUAAUUAGGAAAUUCAUUUCAGUUAUUAGGCUAAAGGUGUGUUAGAUCUGAAGGGCUAUUAGUCUCAAAAUAGCAUUUUGUGUCAUUUCAUUUUCUGCAUUGGUUUACUUUUCAAACUGUUGCCACUAAAUAUUAAAAAACUAAAUUAUGAAGAAUAUUCAUGAAUGUUUCUCGC